UUCUGUCCGUCUCUCUCUCCAGCGAAGGCGACCAUCCUGGACUUCCAGAGCCCCACCACGGGCCUCUUCCCUGUGAAGACCUGCACCACAUGCCAGGAGGCCAAGGUCAGGGACUCCCUCUACUGCGCAGCCAGCAUCUGGGCUCUAGCCAUGGCCUACAGGCGCCUCGAUGACGACAUGGGCCGCACCCACGAGCUGGAGCACUCCGCCAUCAAGUGCAUGAGGGGCGUCCUCUACUGCUACAUGCGCCAGUCUGACCGGGUAGAACAGUUCAAGAAAGACCCCAGCCCGUCCAAGUGUCUCCACUCAGUAUUCAACCUGCAGACGGGAGAUGAGGUCUACUCCAAUGCAGAUUACAGCCAUCUGCAGAUUGAUGCAGUGUGUCUCUUCCUUCUGUAUCUGGUGGAGAUGAUUUGCUCCGGCCUCCAGAUCAUCUACAACACUGAUGAGGUACAAACACACAGGCGACACGAGGCUCAUUAA